UGAGAAUAACAAAUGGGUGAUGAAAAUACUCCUGUAAAUGUAUCCACCGCACCUGAUAGUAUUAAACAAGAUGGAGAUCAGAAGGAUGAUGUAGAAAGCGGCAAGACGGACAAAGUGAAAGUUGACAUAUUAUUAAAAGCAACCGGCAAUGCACCAAUAAUGAAGAAGAAGAAAUGGGCUGUGCCUGCAGAGAAGCAGAUUGGAUGGAUCAUGGAGUUUGUUAAGAAAUACUUGAAACUGGAUCCUGAUGAGAAAUUGUUUCUGUACGUGAAUCAAACAUUUGCUCCAUCACCCGACCAGACAGUGAAGAAUUUGUAUGAAUGCUUUGGAACUGAUAGUAAAUUGGUGCUCCAUUAUUGUAAAAGUCAAGCGUGGGGUUGAUGUGCUGUUCCAAUUAUUUAAGUGAUAUUAUGCAGAAUAACAAUAUAGAUAUGGUUCAUUCUGAAACAUUCUGUAUUGAUCGUAAUUUUUUUAUCCUGAAUCAAGACAUUACUGUGCCUACAUUUGUAAUAUUUUUGUCAACACUCGGCACCCUUCCAUUAUAUAAUAGUUUACGUCUCCACAUAACUUAACAUUAAGUUCAGUGUAAAGUCAGUAUACGUUCCGGCUCAGGGUCGAAUGUACGCGUUACUUAUAAGUAGUGGCGUAGCUACCUAGGGCUACCGGGGCCCUCGAACCCUUACCAGAAAAUUUCGAUCAAAUUGAACCUUUCAAUAUUUCUUCCAUUUUCAAAAUAAUUAUGACCAGUUGCAACCCGACUAAUCAUGGCAACUCAGUUGAGAAAUUCGAAAUAUACCUUCAGAGUUCCCCUACACCUCACUGCCAACCCACAGAAAGAAUUUCUGUGGGUUGGCAGUGUUGUCAAUUUGACGGAUAGCGAUAUGUGCGUUUUAAUAACACUAAUGUAGGCUGACUGCUGAGCAGUGGGGCCCCAUUUUUUUAUUUGCCCCAGGGCCCUUGGUUACCUAACUACACCACUGCUUAUAAGCCAUGUAGCACACUACCAAAUAAACUUACUAAUGUAGUACAAUUAUUACACCUGUGUAUGUAGAUACUACAGGAAACAAAUGAAUAAAGUAGCGACACUCAUCACAUCUUACUAAUGUUAUAAACAGAACAGUUUGUGAGUCUGGAUGGAUAGAUGGAUGAAUGGAUGUUUGUUACGCUUUCACACAAAAAUUACUGAAUGCAUUAUGGUGAAAUUUUACAAUAACACAGCUUAUAUAACAGAACUAGCUACCCACCCCAGCUUCGCACGGGUAUACAUGUAUUAUACAUAUAAACCUUCUAAGCAUACAUAGAGACGUACAGACAGCGACAGGGACUUUGUUUUAUAUUAUGUAAUGAUAACAUAGGCUAUUUUCAUGCGGAUGUAACCGCAGGAUCAGCUAGUCAUAUAUAAAUCUACAGUGGUGAGGUGAUAUAGGGAUAUCCAUUGAGAUACUGUAUAAUACAAGAACUUUACCAAAUAUUCGGUUAAGUACGAAUUAGACUAGCGUUCCCGCGAUAAAUAAAAUAUACAGUUUGUAUUAAUUGAAAUAUGAAAUUUCAAUUACUACAAACUGUAUAUUUUAUAUAUUAAUAGUUUUUGUAAUUUCUCAAAGCUUGUUAAUUGUAUGAUGGUAUAAAAUUAUUUACAUAAUAUGUCUGAUUGUCUUUUUAAAAAUAAAGUAACAUGAACUAUUUAUAAAUAUUAUAUAAUAUUAUUCCUUUAUUCAUAAUAGUAUCUAAGUACGUUAUGAAAGACUACUG